CAGACCUCCCCAACAGGUCCAGGGUAUCCCAUUGGCGUGUCGAAGGAAGCUGAAGAAGAUGAAGGUGUUGGGAAUCGUUUCGGAAGCGCGAGAUCUCAAUCAAUGCAUUCCUGCGACGCAAUCCAUAUCCAAGCAGAUAAAAGCGUAUUCUUUCGGUGAGUUAAAGGAAGCCAAACAAGUGUCCUUGGGAAGAAUGGAGGUGUUGGGAAUUGUUUCAGAGGCACGAGAGCUAAGUCAGGCUCGCACUGCUCCUGUGAUGGAUCACAGUCCACCAUUCUUAGCCACCUACAAGAGCCUCUUCGGCGGACAACAAGCCAUUGACACUGAAACCGAGGUGGUGGAGUGCUGCGACCUCCCGCUCAUCGAUCUCAGCCGUCUACACGACGUGCUCGAGGCCGCGCAAUGUAAGCAAGAUAUCGUCACCGCCGCCUCCGAGUGGGGCUUCUUCCAGAUAGUGAGCCACGGCAUACCCGACGGUCUCUUGGCGAGGUUGCGAGAGGAGCAGGUUAAGAUGUUUCGUCAACCGUUCAAGCGGAAGACCAGCGAGAAACUCCUCGACUUCUCCGACGACAGCUAUCGGUGGGGGACACCCACGGCGACCAGCCUGAAGCACUUGUCGUGGUCGGAGGCGUUUCAUGUUCCUUUAUCUUCGUCAAACAAGCCUGCAAGAAGUAGCACGAUCAGGUGCGUGAUAGAAGAACUUUCUUUGGCGAUGGCCCAACUGGCAACUCAACUGGUCGAUACGCUUGCGGAAGGAUUUGGACGCGAUGGCACAUAUAUGAAGGAAAACUGCACACGUAACAUGUGUUAUCUACGGCUAAACCGCUAUCCGCCAUGCCCAAUACCUGCUCAAGUGUUUGGAUUGGUUCCUCACACUGACAGUGAUUUCCUCACCAUCCUGUGCCAAGACGAAGUGAUCGGGCUGCAGUUGAAGAAGGGUGGGAGAUGGUUCACUGUUAGGCCUAAUCCUAACACGCUCGUCAUCAACAUCGGCGAUCUAUUCCAGGCAUGGAGCAAUGGCUUAUACAAGAGUGUGGAGCACAGGGUCAUGUCGAACCCACACCUGGAGAGGUUCUCAGUGGCCUACUUUAUGUGCCCCUCCAACGAAACUGUGAUCGAGAGCAGCGCACAGCCGGCCAUCUACAGGAAGUUCAGCUUUGGGGAAUACCGACAACAAGUCCAACAAGACGUCAGGCGAAUGGGCCACAAGGUUGGGCUCACAAGGUUUCUUGCCUGAAGCAGAUGAAACAUCCAGCGAUUCCCUCCACAGCUCUUUUCUCCGAGUGCCAAUUUUAGCUUUUUGGCCACUAAUUAUAGAUCUAAAAUUGCGACAAACCAUAGUCUCGAGGAGUGCUAAAUAUUUAGAGUCCAAAUAGUAAGUGUUGCAGUCAUCUGAUCCUCGAAACAGUUGACAGGAAACAGAUAGAUCUAUAGGUUACAUUUGUAAAUGGAAGAAACAGAGGUAGAAACCUCUUGAGCUACCUUCAAGAUGUACUACUUGGGGAGGAGGCAACAUGAAUAAAUUGGUAGUAUUCGAUAAA